GCCCCUGGCUACAUACAAAAUGGUGCAACGAGCCUCCCAUCGCCUGGCGCAGCGCCUCUCCUGCCCAACCAAGGCCGUAUCAUCCAGACCGGACCCAUACGGAUUCUUUGCGUUGCAGACGUUCGAGGAAACCUGCGAUCGCUCAACGAACUUGCAAGACAGGCCCGGGCUGACCACAUCAUUCACACUGGCGACUUCGGAUUCUACGACCAUACGUCCCUGGAACGAAUUGUGGAGAAGACAUUGAAGCAUGUGGCACAGUAUUCGCCCCUGAUUUCUGAACCGGUCAAGAAGGCUAUUCAGCAGGGCGGAUCUGGCCCCGUGAAAUCUAGAUUCUCUCCGAGCGAGCUCCCCCUCUCCGAACUUCCUCUGCUCCUUAAUGGAGAGCUGAAACUGGAUGUGCCAGUAUACACCGUCUGGGGCGCCUGUGAAGAUGUCCGCGUUCUUGAAAAGUUCAGAUCAUCCGAGUACAAAGUCCACAACCUUCACAUCAUCGACGAAGCUCGUUCCAUGUUACUCGAAGUUGGUGGUGUAAAACUGAGACUCCUGGGCCUGGGUGGCGCUGUGGUAAUGCACAAACUGUUUGACAAUGGAGAGGGCCGUACUACCAUAGCGGGAGGACAGGGUACGAUGUGGACAACUCUAUUGCAAAUGGGAGAGCUAGUUGACACUGCUCAUCGUGUCUAUGACCCCACCGAGACUCGAGUCUUUAUCACGCACGCCUCUCCGGCUCGCGAGGGUAUAUUGAACCAGCUCUCUGUUACCUUGAAAGCGGACUUUUCCAUCUCAGCCGGACUCCACUUCAGAUAUGGAAGUUCCUACAACGAAUUCAGUGUCAACCCUACGCUAGACCAUUAUCGUGGCAAGCUUGCUGCCUCAAAGGCUUCCUUCAAUGACGUCUGGGAAACUGUCAGGGGAGAAGUUGAACCUGCCAUCCAGCAGAACGAGGCGCAGCAAAAUCUCCUGAAGAAUGCUCUGCAAAUUGUGGAAAAGAUGCCCUCGACGGCUGCUGGUGGAAAUCCUUUUGGGGGUCCGGUCCCGGGCUCGGGUGGUCUUGGUGCAGUUGACGAAAGCGCUUUUAAAAAUAUGUGGAAUUUCAACCUUGCUGACGCUGCUUUUGGCUAUUUGGUACUUGAAAUUCAAGAUGGAAGAAUUGGAACUGAGAUGCGCGCCCAGGGAUUUAACUUCUCCCACCGAGGAGCUAAACAGCAGUCGUCUACGGCACCCCCAGGAACUGCCGCCGCUGCCGCCGUUCCUCCAGCAAGCGCAGCCUCUUCUGCUACCCCUACUGCACCCCCGGCCGCCAAACAAUCUCCACCAACUCAACAACCAAAGGCUACCCCAGCUGCCCCUAUUCCCACGAUACCGAACCGAUCAACCCCACAGCCCACCGCAGGCAACGCUGCUAACAAAGAGGCUGAGAAGACAGCCGCUCCGACAAAUGGAUCGGCACAUGUCCCUGAACCAGCCACCUCGCCAGCCCCAAAGACGUCGGCAUCUGAUAUCAUUGGUCUGUUUAUUAUGAAUGUCAACACGGAAGAUCAGUGCCGCGAUCUAUUUGACGAGGCUGACAAGCCUAAAAUUCUCAAGAUUGAGAAAUGGGGUGGCUCAAACAAGGUUGUUCAAUUCAAAACAGUUGAAGACCGCGAUGGGGCCAUGGGAAGGCUGCCAGAAGCGGUCAAGACACGAACUCAGGAAGAUCGAUCAAAGCCACUUGUCAAGAUCUUCCUUCAUCGAGAGAGCAAGCCUUUCAACAGCCGCGGCAAUGCUGGAACCUGGGGAGGUAGCGGGCGAGGCGGGUCUACCACCAGUGGCUAUCGCAGCGCUGGUGGGACUAGCGACUCGGAAAGCAACCGACGAGGUGGCCGUGGGGGUCGAGGAGCUCGGGGUGGUGAGCGAGGACGUGGUUCUCGUGGACGAGGAGGCAUAAAGGGAGAUGCUGGUGUAUCUCCCGCAGCAGCACCUUCUACCCCUAGU